AUGAGCUCUCCUCAACCCAUCGAGUGCAAAGCUGCCGUUUGUUGGGCCGCCAAGGAAGACAAUGUACUCGAAGACGUGAUCGUGGGGCCUCCACGCUCCGGCGAGGUUCGCAUAAAGAUCGUGGCAACGGGCGUGUGCCACACGGACGAGUACACGCGCUCGGGCGCCGAUCCAGAGGGCAUCUUCCCGGUCAUCAUGGGCCACGAAGGCGCCGGUAUUGUCGAAAGCGUAGGUCCUGACGUAACUAGCGUCAAAGUAGGUGACCAUGUAGUUCCGUGUUACAUGCCGCAAUGCCGCAACUGCAAGUUCUGCAAGUCCAGCAAGACAAACCUGUGUUCUAUCAUCCGCAACACGCAGGGUAAGGGCCUCAUGCCCGACGGCACGUCGCGUUUCACAUGCAAGCGCAACGGCGAGAAGCUGUUUCACUUUAUGGGCACGUCCACGUUCUCCGAGUACACGGUGCUGCCUGAGAUCUCUGUGGCCAAGAUUGACCCGUCGGCUCCGAUGGACAAGGUCUGUCUGCUGGGCUGCGGAAUUACCACUGGCUAUGGGGCUGUGAUGAACACUAUGAAGGUAGAAAAGGACUCGACCGUGGCUGUUUUUGGUCUAGGAGCAGUGGGUCUUGCUGUCAUCAUGGGCGCAAAGGCUGUUGGCGCUCGUAAGAUUAUUGCCAUUGACAUUAACCCCAAGAAGUUUCCCAUUGCAAAGGAGUUUGGAGCUACGCAAUGCUUAAACCCCAAUGAUUACCCGGACAGACCGCUCCAGGAGGUGCUCAUUGAGUUGACGGAGGAAGAAGGCUACGGUGGACUGGACUAUACGUUCGAGUGCAUCGGUCGACCGGACAUUAUGCGUACGGCGUUAGAGUGCUGCCACAAAGGCUGGGGUCAGUCGUGCAUUAUCGGUGUUGCGGCGUCCGGCGUGGAGCUGGCCACACGCCCGUUCCAGCUCGUGACAGGACGUCGUUGGGCUGGUAGCGCUUUUGGUGGCUUCAAAAGCCGCGACGGUGUUCCCGAUUUAGUGAGCAAGUACCUGAACAAGGAGAUCAAAGUGGACGAGUUCGUCACCCAUAAGUUUGACCUGCCGCAGAUCACUGAUGCUUUCCACGCCAUGCACCAGGGCGACUGUAUUCGCGCUAUCGUGUACUUCCAUGGUGUGCCGCAGGAAUAA